UGCAAAUCUGAGUUCAUGAAAUAGACACCAGGACCCGAGAUUCCCACUAAAAAAAAAUUGAAUUUUUUUUUCUGCCAUCUGAGUAAACAAGUCGAGUCUCGAUUCUAUCGAUCUUCAAUGCGCGUCGUCUAGUUUCUAAUCUUUCCAGUGGCUUUGAAAAUGGAUCUGGGUGUCCUUCUGCAAUCUCUAGUUCCCUCGUCUCAAUCUGUUGCAGUGCUUGUGUUUUACUUCGUUUACUUGGCGAUUGCGGGAAAAAUUCUUCCUGGGAGAGUUAUCCGCGGCGUUCCUCUAUCUGAUGGAUCCCAACUUCGCUACAAAUGCAAUGGACUGUUUGCGCUCAUACUGCUGAUUGCACUUCUGGGAAUCAGUGCAAAGAUGAGAAUUUUUUCACCUCUUGUGGUUGCGGAUAGAGGACUUGAGCUACUUUCUGCUACUUUUAUCUUCAGUGUUCUGGUAACAGUGAUGCUGUACGUUACUGGACGCAAUUCCUCCUAUAAGAGUUCUUCUCUAAAGCCUCACAUCACAGGAAACUUUAUAGAUGACUGGUGGUUUGGAAUACAGCUGAAUCCUCAGUUUAUGGGCAUUGAUCUUAAGUUUUACUUUGUCAGAGCGGGGAUGAUGGCAUGGCUGCUCAUCAAUCUCUCAAUUCUUGCGAAAAGCAUCCAAGAUGAUUCCUUGAGUCGGUCAAUGAUUCUCUACCAGAUAUUUUGUGCGCUAUACGUAUUGGACUACUUUGUUCAUGAGGAGUACAUGACCUCUACAUGGGACAUAAUUGCAGAAAGAUUGGGCUUCAUGCUGGUGUUUGGAGAUCUCGUUUGGAUUCCUUUCACUUUCAGCAUACAGGGCUGGUGGCUCCUACACAACAAAGUAGAGCUAACAUUUGCUGCUAUGGUAGCUAAUUGCCUUGUGUUCUUGAUAGGGUAUAUGGUAUUUCGUGGAGCUAACAAGCAGAAGCAUAUCUUUAAGAAGAACCCUAAAGCACCUAUCUGGGGUAAACCCCCAGUGAUAAUCGGUGGGAAGUUGCUUGCUUCUGGUUAUUGGGGAAUUGCAAGGCACUGUAAUUACCUCGGCGAUUUGAUGCUGGCUCUUUCCUUCAGCUUGCCCUGUGGGAUAAGCUCUCUGAUCCCGUAUUUCUACCCGAUAUACCUUCUUAUCCUCUUGAUAUGGAGAGAACGGAGAGACGAAACGAGAUGUGCCCAGAAAUACAAGGAUAUUUGGGCGGAAUAUCGCAGACUCGUCCCCUGGAGAAUACUACCGUAUGUUUAUUAACCUCGAGAAGACAGACGGAUACCCGAGAUUCUUCAAGAUGUUUUGUUGGUUAUGUUUUUGUUGGUGUGUGAUGUGAUCAGAAUAGCCUGAAAAUGAAUGCCAUGGAGUCUGCAGUUGUUAAUGUAGUUUGUGUUUGUCCUGAGAUUCUUCAAGGACCUCGGUCAUGUUUUGACAGUUUUGUCCUUUGCUUUUGAAUUCACAA